AUAUAUUCAUAAAUGCGGGCGGGCGGGCCCUCGGAUUCGAAACUGAGCGCCUCCUCCCCCACACUUUACACGCUCUUGCCAUUCCCGCUGUUUCAAAGCUUCCACAACAAAGCCCUCCUCUUUUCCAAUUUUUUUUCUGUUCAAACGCCGUUUGAUUGAUAAUCUGCUUCUGCAGUUUGCCGGUUAUGUCUACCGCCGGCGAAAACGUGGAUCUUAACCUGAAUCUCAACUUGUCAUUAGCUCCACUUCAUCUAAUGUCUCAAAUUUGCUCAGAAUCUCGUCCCGUAGCUCGCAAUCUGUUUGCCUCGUCUACAUUCGUUUCUGCUCCGAACAAUGGAACUGAAAAGUCUAAGGAUGAUAAUUGUGGAUAUGGAGCUUGUAAGAGGACUGUUGCAGCCAAUCAUUCUACCCUUGGACAAGCUGCUCGUGCACGUACUAAAAAAUCCAGUAAAGGAAAGGCUUCUAGAGAUGCCAUAUCAGCUGCUACAGGAAUAAAUGCAGAUCUGCUUGAUAACCUGAAUUUAGGUGGCAGUUAUCGGUUUGACAACUCUUUGGGCUUGUUGACAAAGAAAUUCAUUAGUUUGCUUCAGGAGGCCGAAGAUGGAUCCCUCGAUUUGAACCAUUCUGCAGAUGUUUUGAAGGUGGCAAAGAGGAGAAUUUAUGACAUCACGAAUGUCCUUGAGGGAAUUGGAUUAAUUGAGAAAACUACAAAGAGUCGUAUAUGUUGGAAAGGGUUUCCGUCAACCAGAUCACGAGGGCUGCGUGAUCAAGUGUCUAGAUUGAAGGGAGAGAUUGAAUAUCUAAAUGCAGAGGAUUGGCGACUUGAUAACUGCAUAAGGGAAAAACUAGAGCAAAUAAGGACCCUAGAAUCUGAUGUGAAUUGUCAAAAGAGCCUCCUUCUGACGGAGGAAGAUAUCAUGAGCUUGCCUCAUUUCAGGGACAAAACUGUUAUUGCUAUAAAAGCUCCAGAUGCUAGUCUUAUUGAAGUUCCUGAUCCAUGUGAGGAUCUCGAUUUCCCAGAGAAGCAGUAUAGGCUUGUUCUUAGAAGCACAACAGGGCCGAUAGAUUUGUUUCUCUUGAGCAAACAAGGUUGGAAACAUGAGGACAUAACCAUCAAACACACAAAACCAUUGGAUGCAUUGACUGCUGAUGAAAAGAUGGAUGAUGCUUACUUAUCCUCAGUACCUCCUUGCUCUUUAGAUUCAACUACCUCAAAGCUCUCAGGUGUUCACAAAAUAGUACCUUCUCAUGCCAGUAUAGAUGAUGAUUACUGGUUGCGCUCAGAUCAGGAGGUCAGCGCUACUGAUCUAUGGGGCAUUUGAACAUUCUUAAAAAUGGAGUGGCCUGGUUAAAGCAUUGAACUCCAGAUACGGAUGCAAGAAGAUACACAGAAAUAAGGCUUCUAACUGACCUGUAAAUAUCUAAACAAAGCUUUACGUACUAUCAGUAAGCGGUUUAGGACAGCAGAUAACCUAUGAAAUAGCGUUAAUUAUUUAUUGGGCCUCUAGCCAGAUUAUAGUAUGAAAUAACCGGGUUUCAGGGAGACCCUGCAACUUCGGCGUAUAAUUAUGCUGAUUCUUAUAUCAAUAUGCUUCACAGGAAUACAAGUCUUAAGAUUACCCAUAGUUGGGAUUAGGCUUGGAUAUAUGACUUCAAAGAACAAGUUUGUUUGGCAGUUGUGUAAUUGUCGCCUGCCGGCAGCUUAUGGGAAACUUCAAAUGAUUCUGGAUAAUAUUGAAGUUAACUGUAAUAUUUAUAGUACAAUUUUUGGAACUUAAAUA